UUGGUGUGUAACGGACGUUUGUGUAGUUACAUAUAUUCUACCUCAGCAAUUGAGACAUUCGUAUUAAGCUGUUGCGAUAUCAGCCACUUCGAUGUGUAUUUCCGUGUUCAUAAAGAAUUCAGUUUGUCAAAAAUCUUAACAAAGCUCUAAGUUACACCGGUCAUUUGAAUUUGUUGAAUAACUAAACCAAACUUGAAACCGGUUUAAGAAAAUAAAUUGCAAUAAUAAAACGUUAAUUAAAAAUAUGUGUCGUACUGUGUAACUUAAUUUAAUGGCAUAUUUAUGUAUGUAUGAUCAUGCAGAUGUCCAUGCGUUUAGAGGGCAUUUACAAUCUAUCAGCAACCAGCACAACAGUAAACAAAUUAGCCCGGAUGAAGUAACAAAUUUUAUUGCUGCAAAAUUAAACAUAAAACUUAACUUAAAUAACGACGAAACCGUCAAGAAAAUAGAAACCGAUUACAUGAAAAGACGCCCACGGUAGCAAAUCAAACGCUGUUAACCGAAACCAAAUAAUAAAUCAACAAAAAACAGUACGAGUCAUGGCAGGAUACACAUAAUUUUGUUGUGGUAUACCUCAUCACAAAAAAAUAAGUUCAGUAAUAUCAAUUUAAAAAUAAAAGCAAAAUAAAAGUUCACAUGAAUAUUUGAAAGAAUAUCAUAUAAGUGAGACUUAAAAUUAUGAACACCAGCUCUUCGUCAACUGUUCUUUCAUUAGAGUUUGCUCGGAUGAUGUUAAAACGCCGCGAAAAAGGUCUUAAGAUGAAAGCAAUUGCAGCGCAGUCGACUGUCAGCUAUGGUUUGGCGCAACAACCAAUUUUUCUGCAUACAGAAAUUUUAAACACCUCCAAGAAUGCCUACGAUUUAUUCGCAGCCAAAAUGUGGCAGUUAUCCAAUGCGGCAAUUUAUUCCAAGUACAACCGUCGCAGACAAACACCUAUCCAACAAAACGUAUGUGGUGAUGAUGGUGACGUUGGUAAGAACGGAUGUGUUUGUGAUUACAAAACUCCAUGUAAUCGACAAAAACUACGACAAAAUAUUCUAAACAGUAAAUGUAUGCAACAUCGAAAGUUAAAGCAAAUUAGAUCGUCUAAGCAAACCACCAGCUUACAAUACCGACCAAAUAUCGACGGCGUUGCGGCAACAUUUGAGACUGCGCUAGAAGUCGAGUUAGUAGCAGCACAAGAAAUCGCAAUAAAUGGUAGCGUUGAUCAAACCUCGACUGCAACUAUGCGGUCAGACACUAGUGCUUACAUAUGUGCUGACGCGGAUAUAAGAACAACCGCAAAAAAUGAGCUUGCGUCCACACUUCUAUCGAAGGAAGCACUUUUUCACACUAAUGUCAAUGCAACUUGCAGCCAUGCUAUGAUACCGUCAACUCUAAAAAUUGGUAAGCCGAUUAAAAUAACAACAACACUAAAAACAAGCUUUUUAAGUUUAGUUCGAAAUGCAUUUUUCAUGAUCGCUUUAAUAUUAACGGUAUUGACUCUGCAACGGGCGAGCGGACAGUAUCUAUUGUCCAUAGCUGCAACUACAGCGGCUGCGACUGCGACAACGACCAGAACAGCGAGAGAUAUGGGAGCAACAACUACAAUUCCUGUGAGUUCUACGACUGUUAAAAAUAUGUUCGACAUAACUGAAACAAAUAAUUUUAAUGAUAUACAACCCCGCGAACCUCAAAAAAUAAAAAUAAAAAGGCAUGAUAGUGCACAGAAACAAAAAAAAUCAUAUGUCGUUCGGAAAAAUAAUCAUCUCAGCCAUUUCAGCCGUGUUUCUGCAGCAAAACAACAAAACGCUAACAGCCAGAUUCAAUUUAGUAAACUUAUUUAUAAUAACUAUAAGAAAAGGAAGUUUUUUAAUGAGGAGCAAGUUGAAGUGAAGAAGAUAAUACCAUUGCAACAGAGACGUCGCAGCAAGCGCAGUACAGUUGAGUCUAUUGUUACACAACUAAAAAGUAAUAAUACGGAAUCAGACAUCAAUAGCAAUAGAAAUAGUAAAAACCAUCGUACUUUUAAAAGCGAAUUAUCUGGCAAUUCAAAUAUAACCACCAAUAGGUAUAACAAUAAAUUUACCGUUGAAGAUUCAAAUCAAAAAACGCAUAGUGCAAAUGAUCAAAAACUGCUUAAAUUGGUAAUGGAUGGAUUAGGUCUAGAACAAUUACCUAAUAUGAAGAAA